UUUUCCUGGAAACCAAACAGAACCGGGGAUCUCAGUUGAGCUCGCUCAGUAAAUUCUCUGCUGGAGUCGCGAAGAGCUCUUUUCCUUCCUCUGCGCCAGCGACGAGGGGCAAAGGUUGAAAGAUGGCGAGUAGUUCGGUUGACGAGGCCGGAAAUCCGAUCCCGACGUCGGCGGUUCUGAUGUCGGCGUCGAAGCACAUUGGGAAGAGAUGCUAUAGCGAGAAUUUGGAGUUCAUCAAGUGCAAACAGCAGGAUCCCAACCCUGAGAAAUGCCUCGAUAAAGGGCGGCAAGUCACUCGCUGCGUCUUGGGCCUGCUGAAAGAUCUACACCAGAACUGCACAAAACAAAUGGACGAUUACGUCGGCUGCAUGUACUACAACACAAAUGAGUUUGAUCUGUGCCGCAAGGAGCAACAAGCAUUCGAGAAAGAGUGCCCUCUGUAGUGAUUCUAUCUAGCCAAAAAUCUGGAUGUUCGGUUCCCCCCUGCUUAGUUUAAUAAUAUGUAAAUGGCAAUCCGCCAUGAGCAAAACACCGUGGUUUUGAAUUCGUUUUCUGUUGUCGAUUGUAUUAAUGGAUCUCUUUUGGGUUUGGAUACGUUUUUGCCAUGUAACUCUCUGCACUUGAGAAAUAUUAGUUGCAUUUACCUCCUUCGGGG